UAACUCUUCCUGCCCAGCAUGGCUUCGUCCCUGUGGUUUCUGGGGGUGUGUGUGCUCACUCUGGCUCAUGUCGCCCCCUCCGACCAAGCUAUGUCCCGGGCCGCCAUGCCAUUUGGGCUGCUGCGCAGAGAGCUGGCAUGCGAGGGUUACCCAAUAGAGCUGCGCUGCCCAGGAAGUGACGUGGUUAUGGUAGAGACGGCCAACUAUGGACGCACCGAUGACAAGAUCUGUGACGCAGACCCCUUCCAGAUGGAGAACACACAGUGUUACCUCCCUGACGCACUCAAGAUUAUGGCCCAGAGGUGUAACAACAGGACUCAGUGUGUUGUGGUCGCAGGGGUUGACGUCUUCCCAGACCCCUGUCCUGGAACAUACAAGUACCUGGAGAUCCAGUAUGAGUGUGUCCCUUACA